GAAAAACAUAGCCAAAGAUUAAAGUUGUCGACUUUGUCAGAAAACUGCCACUUGGAUGAUGCCAAUGGUAUGUUGCACUAAAAGGGUAGCCUAAACUUUUUCCUUGCUGACAGCAUCACUUCCUUGAUCUCAUUAAAUUAUUUCAGACUUGCUAGAUGUCCACCGACUUUCUCCAGAUUCAAUAAAAGAGCUCAACUCCUGUCUGUUAACUAAGAUUUUGCCAAGUGUAUGUCGUUUUGUCACUCUGUGAUUGAGGAAACUUAGAAGCCCUGUUGAGUCUUUAACUUCUCUCCUCGCUUGAGUGUUCGCAGAAUCAGAAAAGGCUCUCUGUUUUUCAGCAGUUUAUUUUGGAAAGAGUCUCUUUGCGAGAAAGGGGUUUCGGUUUCUGAGUCUUAGGAUAUGUGAAAAUGGUGAUAUUUAGCGUGAAUUCAAAGAGGAUAAGAAGACCAAAUGUUAGGUUAUGGGAAAUAGGUGAUCUACCUGCAGCCUUCGCACGUGCGAGUUAUCAUAGAAGUGGUGCAAGUUUAGGGCAGAAGAGAUGGAAAAGAAAGUUUUCUGACGUUGGGGAGUCAGAAUACCUCCAGUUUUCUACUGAAAAACAACCUGAGCAUACAAUCUUGGAUCCUAGUGUUUCUCCGAGGAUUAUCAAUGAUAUCCAACAUAACAGAGAGAACAAGGACCCUAACUCUUUAAAAGUAGCAUCUGAAUUUGUCAAUUCAGAUGAAAGAAAUAUGACCAAUUGUAAUCUGGAUUUUGGAACCAUAACUCGGAGGUCUAGGCUCAUGAAGCGAAGAAAACGGAACCCUAAUAGCACUUGUAGUCUAUUUGGUAAUCCUUGGAACUCAAAAACUGGUAGGCAGAAAACUGUUCAAGAUGAGAAAGGUUAUGGGUGGAAUCAAAAUGUUGCAUGCACAUCAGCUGCUGAUUUAGACAUCUUUCCUGUUAAUGGCUUUAAGGAUUCUUCGCAGAAUGAAACAUCAGCAAGGAGCAAAGAAGCUUGGGAGAACGAGAUUGAUGACCUGAAUAGUAGGGGGCCGCUGCAGAAGCCCAGAGGCUUCUCGAUUGAGGGUGCUUGCUAUGAAGAGAAUGCAACCUUUCUGCAAUUUGCUAGAGGACACAAUGAUAAAGAAUCCAGUGGUUGUGAUGUAAAUGGUGUCAGCCUAUGGCUGGAAGAGCUUGGUCUUGGUAAGUUUGCUGAAUUGUUUGAAAUGCACGAAGUUGAUGAAGAAACUCUGCCUUUUCUUACUUUUGAAGAUUUGAAAGACAUGGGAAUUGUUUCUGUUGGGCCUCGUCGGAAGUUGUUUAAUGCAAUUCAGCAGCUAAAAGGAGGCAGGCAUGUUGGUGUUUGCAUAAAGCUCAUGAGUUUCAAAAUCAAAGGUAAUAUGAGUUGUCCUUUUGAUGUUUGUUGGCAUCAUCUUAUUCUGGUUAUGGUUGGAAGGACAUCCAGUUUCAUGUUUGGCAUGCUAGUUUUCAGGAAGUUAUGGGGUUAUACAGCCUAAGGGAGUGCUCAAUGUCAAUUGAGGAAAGCUCCCUCCGCUGAAUACAGGAGGAGAUUUCAAACUAAAUUGCGGAAGUGUUACUUUUACCUCCUUUUAAAGCAUAUUGUUUCAUCUUAUGGCCAGUUGUUUAUGUCCCAAAAUUUUUGAAUGUGACAAGAUGCGUCUCAAUAAAACUGUAUCAGUGGGGUAUCAGUUGCAAGAGUUUGAAGAUUAACCUAUGCAACGAGGUAUCUAGUAUGCUUUCUUCUGUGUCUCGUGAAUUGGGAUUCAGCCGGAAACGGCUUGAAUUGCCCUGAUAGUACCAAAUCCAGUGAAAUCUUUAACGCUAAAAGGGUUCCAAUACCAUAUUAGCUUUUGACUGAGCCCGAUUGUUGCCGUUGAUAUGGCAGAGCAGUUGAAUCUUUGUGAUUGGAAAAUCUUCCAACUGGAGAUGAAUAAAUUGAUGUAAUGUUUUGGCUAUUCACUCAGGCAAGGUGUAAUUAGUUCUGGAUAAGCUCCUGCUGCUUUCGAGAACUGCAGAAGAACAUGUUAUUCAACUUACACGUCUGCAAUGAUUUUAGCUGCUUGUACAGACAGGUUAAGGAUUAAUAUGUUUGCUUUUCUUUCAUGAUGAUGAGAUAAAAUGCAGGGUAUUUGAUGUUUGAUGAUUCAUUCUCAUGCAUUUCGAUGUUGAAUCAUUAGCCUGCAGAUUUGAUCUUCUUUCACCAAUACUACUUUUACUGUGGUUUUUCUCUUUCAAA